AAAUGGAAUGAAUGUAACGAAUCAAAGUUUUUUUUUUUACGCCGAUGCUCUUGAUCUUUUAUCGUCAGGGAGUUUUAGUGCAUGUAAACAAGGUGCCAAUUUGGUGGUGAAUAAGAUUAACAAAUAUUUCCCACUCUUUGAGCUUUCCUUCAUCCUGUUCAUCAGACCCAUUGCUUUUCAAUCCUUUUCUUCCAUUCAUUGUUUUUUCUGAUUUCCUCUGACAGAAUUGCUGCAGCCAUGACCGCCUCAACUUUGAUAGAUCAACCUUUGCACAACCCAACGCCUUUAUUGCACUCAACUGUGCUUAGUCGUAAGACACAGACUAAUAUUUGGCUCAAACUCGAGAACCUGCAACCUAGCGGCUCUUUCAAGAUCAGAGGUCUUGGGCACAUGUGCCAGAAGGCCGCUCUGAAGCACGGCUCUAAGACUCGUCUUGUCUCUUCGUCCGGCGGGAAUGCUGGCCUUGCUGUGGCCUACGCUGCCCGCCAGCUCGGUAUCCAGGCGACGAUUAUUGUUCCUCAAACGUGCAAUGCCUUUAUGAUAAAAAAAAUAAAGGAAGAAGGCGCACAUGUAGAGAUGCAUGGUGAGGCUUGGGAUGAGGCUGAUUUACGUGCGAAAUCUGUAGUUGCCGAUGAUCCGCAUGCUGUGUACAUUCCUCCAUUCGAUCAUCCAGAUGUUUGGCAAGGAAAUUCAACCAUGAUCACCGAGCUUAAGGCACAGCUUGGGGGAAUUGUUCCCGAUGCCAUUGUUUGCUCUGUAGGCGGAGGGGGAAUGAUGAAUGGGAUCAUUCUUGGAUGCCAAUCGGUUGGAUGGGAUAAAGUUCCUCUUCUUACUGUGGAGACUCAUGGAUCAAAUUCUUUCCAACAAUCUGUUUUGGCUGGAGAAUUGGUGACUCUUCCAAAGAUCACAUCCAUUGCUACCACCUUGGGCGCCAAGACCCCCUCCGCUAAAUCGCUCGAGCUAAGUCUUGUCCACCCUGUGGUGCCAUUCGCUGUGAGUGAUGCCAUGGCAGCAAGUGCUUGUUGGCAAUUCCUCGAUGAUCACCGUUUUGCAGUUGAGCCUUCCUGUGGUACUGCACUCUCUAUCGCCUAUACACCAGCCCUGCUUUCCAACAUUUUCCCUAACCUAAAUCAAGAUUCGAAUGUUGUAUUUAUUGUCUGUGGUGGAUCUAAUAUUAACUUCGCUCAACUCACAGAAUUUAAAGAGAUGUUUGGUGCAGAAGGCCAACAGUCCUCGAUCGCUGUCAGAAGUGGGGAUCAGAUUCUGCUCAAGAUGACAACAGAUGCUACUGCGUCAUCUCAAAAAGCUAUCCUUUCCACUACCUAUAAGCCAGAGCCCAAGGCUGCCAGUGUUGACUCAAACAACGGCGAGACAGCCAUAGCUGAAAAUGCUUCGAAGUAGGCGUGGGAAGAAAAGCAUAAUUUAAAAAAGAAUGUGUUUGUAGAUUUCUUUUGCCUAUGAAAUAAACUUUAGGGCUCGUUUGAUAUUGAC